GUUUAGUUGUCUUUUACUUGAAAGUAAGGCAUAAUAUUUCUUUUUUGCUUAAUCAUAAUCAAUAUUAUUAUUAAGAAAUAUUUUCGAUGGUGUGAAUUUAAUACUGUUGUACCGACAGUAGCUUAUUUCACACAUGAAAGUUGGAAAAAGCUGAGUACUGAUUUUAUCACUGAUUUGAUUAAGAAUAAUAUAAUUCAAAAUAAAAUUAAUAAUAAUUCAAUGUCAUUAAUUUAUUCCAAUGAAACUAUUAAUAAAACUUAUAUAUUAACAUAUAGUAUUGGACGUUUAUCUAUGAAAGCAUUUGGAAAAGGUUUUCGUUUAGUUAUUAAUGCUAAUUAUCAUUUAUUAUCAUUAAAGAAUUUAAUUAAUCAAACAGAAUUAAAUUCAAAUAUUCAAUAUUCAAUUCAACCUUGUUUAAGUCUUAAUCAACGUUUAAAAUUAAAUAAUGGUUUAUUUGAAUUUCUUAGAAAAUUAAAAAUUGAAUUACCAGGUAUUUAUGCACCAUCUUUAUUAUCGACAAAAUCUGCAUUUAAAACUUUAUUAUCAUUUCGUUCACUUGUUUAUUCACUAGGAUUUCGUCGAUUUUGGAUUGCAAAAUUAGAUAUUUUGGAUUUUUUCAAUCAAAUUAUUCAUUCUAAAUUACUAGAAGUUUUCUCUGAUACUUUAAAUGAUGUCAGCAAUUAUAUGUAUCCAACACCAAAUAUACAUUUCCUUGUUCGUGAAUUGGAAUGGUUUUUAAAAGAAUCCAUCAUUUCUAUUGAUGGAAAAUUAUAUUCGUUCAUCAAAGGUAUUCCCCAAGGAUCGUGUAUUAGUUCAGAUUUGGCUAAUAUCUAUUUAGCUCAUUUGGAUCGUCAAUUACAUAGAACACAAACUAUUCUUUGGUCUCCUCACAAAUUCCUACAAAAUGAUGUGUUUAAAACAACAGAUAUUCAUUUAAGUAAAUGUUCAACUAUUCUACGUUAUUUAGACGAUUAUCUGUGUAUAUCAACAUCUAAAAUUGAAUUACAAAAUUUAAUAAAGAGAAUAAACACUUCACUUAACUCUUAUGGAUUAUUAUUGAAUGAACAAAAAUUGCAAACUAAUCUAUAUGACUCAAAUGUCCCUAUAAAGUGGCUUGGGAUUGAAGUACAUUCUAGUUUAGCAAUUACUUUACCCAAAAAUAAUAGUCCACCAAGAUUUUGUCGAUUUUCUGGUCAAUCGUUAUCAGCCAAUGAUUGCAUGAGACGAUUAUGUAAAUUUCGUCUUCAUUGUCCAAUUUGGCGUUUCACUUUCCACAAGAUAAUCUAUAAUACUAACAUUAGGCAAAAUGUAUUUAUUUGUAAAAAUGCAAAUAUCAGAAAAACAGAUUAUUUGUUACAAAUCAACGCUAAUCGAUUAGGCAACAAAAUAGCUGAUAUUGUAUGGAUAUCUUUGAAAACUUCACCCGAAAAAGAUCGAUUACUUCAACCUUCUAUAUCUCGAAGACUAGCAAAGGUAAUAUUUAGGUGUAUAUCUGUAAAUAUUGGCUUUAAUCGUUACUGGUUAUAUCAUUUAACUGUGAAUAGUUUGAUUAAACGUUUACUCCCACAUAAAGGUGAAUUGAAAUGGUUAAUUAAUUGGAUGCAACAAUUUAAUCAUUUAAAUAAAAAAUGUUUUUUAUUUUAUAAUAAAAAGAAAAUAAUCACUGUGUAAUUAAUUAUUGUAAACAAAAUAAAUUUUCUCAUUUUAUUUUAUAGAUAAGAAUGAUUGUUUGUUUGUUUUUACUCUUGAAAAAAUUCAAUCAAACAGACAGUUUUUGUCAAUUAUAACACAACAUUAUGAGAUUGUAUAGUGUAUAUAUUUUUUCUUGUA